AUGUCUUACGAUCGAGUUCUCCCCAAUCCUGCUGCUCUCUAUGAGUCUGCGCCAGUCACACUGCCUCGACCCACGAGCAACCUCCUUGAUCACAAAAUCAUGAACGACGACCUGUCCAACUCGGCCAUGGCGUCCCGCCGCCCCAGCGAGGGUGGCCCCGUCGGUGCACCUUGUAGGUAUGCCGGCCCACCCAGUACCCUCCCGCAGCUAUCAUCCAUCACCCGGGCCAAGGACACGUUCCAGAAGAUCGUCUCGCCCAUGUCCUCGGAGCCGCGUGCCCUCAAGCCGGUCAACCCAGUACUUGCAACCAAGGACAUUCCCAUUCGCGAGCGGUCGUCGUCGUCCUCGGCCAGCAGCACCAGUCCCGUCAAGUCCGCCCACAAAGAGAGUGCCCUGCAGUUCUGCCUCUGUCAGCCGGACCCGAAGAUCCCCCGGCCUCGUAAUGCUUUCAUCUUAUAUCGUCAGCAUUACCAGUCGGUGGUGGUAUCUCACAACCCAGGUCUGGCGAACCCGGAAAUCUCCAAGAUCAUCGGCGAGCAGUGGAGAUCCUUGUCCGAGGAUGAAAAGAGCAAAUGGAAGGCGCUUGCAGAAGAAGAGAAAGCCCGUCACCAGCAGCAAUACCCCGACUACCGGUACCAGCCCCGGCGAUAUGGACGGGAUGGGAGCUCGCGGAACUCAGCCUCGGGCAUCAGUCAUAAUCCAUCGGGGUCCUCAACAUGUAACCGAUGUGGUGGUCGGGUCAUGAACCCGCCAGCGUCUCCUAUGACCCCGUUCACUCCCAAUGGAGCACCGGCCAAUCGGUCCUCGAGCUUUUCAGUGCCGUCGUCUCAUACGACCACUAUUACCGCUAGGAGCUCUCAAUGCCGCGAGAAAGAUUCAAACAGGGUACCGAAGCCUGUGAUGAUCGACCCGCCAGACUCCCGGUCCCGUCAACGCCAGUGGGAUGAGAGCAGCGUUCAGUCUCCGGAUAACAAGCGCCGUCGGGUAUCGCAAGCCUCCUUCAAGCCCAUUCUGCAGCCUUAUCGGGACAGAAGCCCCGAAUCACCGCACCCAAUGACUCCGCACAGCGCUCGGCCAGAUAUGGCCCAGCAUCGGGGCAUGAUCCCAAUGCUGCAUCCGCAGCGGCAGUACGGGAGCGUGCACAAUCCGCUCCCCGACCCUAGUCUGAAGUUGCCACCGCUCCAGACCACAACGCCGGUGAUGACCCCUGCCACGCCUUUUUCGCAAGAAGGAUCCAGUGUCGAGGCAACCGUCAUGACGAUUCCGUUCCUGAACAAAAUCAAAGUUCUGGCUAAAAUCUCACCGCCGCUGGUGCCGUCUUUUCGUGAAACAAACCCUUUAACUCGAGGCCCGGUCAUCGCCGUUGAUGGACAAGAUUCAGAACUAGUCCAGAUUGUGGUUGAGUACCUGGAUGGCUUGUUGAAAAAGGAAGCCAAGUACUACGUCCGUGUCUUUAAUGGCCCCGAAAUCCAGCAACCUCGAACGGAAUCCAGCGACACGGGCCAAAUGGGAGAUGCGACGGUGGACUAUCUCAACACCAUUUCGGCGUGGCACCGGAUUUCAGACGAGGUCGUCAACUUUGUCAAGGCCGUCUCGUCUGCGGAUUCUGUUGACGCCCGGUCUACUACCACCGACGAGGAGUCCGCUCCCAACAGGUCACCCAAGACUAUCAUCCCCAAGACAGCCAAUCUUCAGAUCCACUCACCGGCACAGUCCAGCGAAAACGGGUCCGAGUCUAGCGUCGUGUCUAAUGGGACAUCGGGCAGUCACUGCGCUGUUCCAGUUGCGUUGGUUCCGCGAUACCAGCUCACCACUGCAGAUUCUUUCGCGUGCUCUAUCCCCAUCAACGAUUCAUACGCACCGCUUGAUCACUGGCAGUGGAUGGCUUCGCUGUGGCGCGCCUGUGUCGGGCCCGACAUCACGGUGUACAUCCGAGAGUGCAGCAUGGAGGAGCUGGACCGUGUAGGAGGUAAUCCAGUAGAAGUGCGACUGCAUGAUGCAUGUACAGUGGUGUUGCGCAAGGUGAUUGGUACCUCUCGCGAGCUGGAGGAGAAAGCGUUGAAGCGGAUGGGAUUUGAAAUUGAGGAUUUCCUGACCCAGUGA